GUCGUCGUCGUCGUCGUCGUCGUCGUCAUAUUAAUUGGUUUGGCUUCGCUCGCUUUGCUCGAUACACGGUUGCGUGAUCAACGCGAAUAUGAAAAUCGAUCGAUCGUAUUCGAAGCGUGGUGUAGCCUAUAGUAAUUGAAUCUAGCUAGAUCGAAAUCAGCCAAUAACUGUGCGUUGGCGUCGCGUUUUAUAUGCAUAUAAAUAUGAAAUCUUUCCGAUGCGUGAUAAAAUGUAGAUGAUCUACCCUCUAUCUUCUACAAACGGUGUGCCUUCGCCUUGAAAACCGCAGAUGUACCAUGACAAACUACAUGUUUAGCACCUUGGACUUGGCUCAUAUCGCGUCCGAGUUUGAGUCAGCGAUAUAUCAUGACCAGUGUUCUCCUGGUUCUCACGCUUUUCUUAGAGUCAGAGCCGCGUGAUGUUGCAUAUUCAUAGAAUUACAUUCACGUACAUAUACAUGUACGUAGGUAUGUACGUAGAUCGUGAACGUUACAAAAUCUUCCUGUCUCUGUUUCUCGGCGGCGGCGACGGCGACGGCGACGACGACAAUAACGACGACGACGACGACGACGACGACGUCGACUCCAGUUGCAGCAGCGGGACGGUCAAAGGAGCUCGUCGGAUAUUUGUUGGUUCAGUCGGUUCCGCCGAGCAGCCAAUCUGGAUAACGAAGGAUGGCGCUCGUGAUGGUGAUGCCAUCUUACCGGGUGCUCGCCAAUCGCAUAACGAGGGUGACGGCCGCGUGAACGGUGCACCCGGUGUCGUGGACGAAUGGAGCCGAAGUGGUCCGCCCUCGUUUUCUAUGUCGGCGGCGGAAUCGCCGCCGCCGCCGCCACCGCCGUCGGUGGUAGAUCUCAACCCGAAUCUUCAAGACUCUGGACAUUUCUCGGCUAGUCCCGAACGCAUCGAUGGUGUUUGCGGCGAGAAGCCCUGCUGCGUGAAGAACGACGAGGAAGAGAGCUACGAGGCGUUCGGUUCCGUCGAAGGUGAUGCCGACGACGGGAUGGACUCGCCGCCGGGUGGUAGUAGCUCCGCACCCUCGCCUACCGGCACCAAUUCCCUCCUCCUCAAAAAUCCAAGAAGUCCGAAUUCAACCAUAGGAAGACAUUCUUGGCUGCGAACGUCACUCAGGCGAACACCUCCCUGCUCUGGAAGAAAGAGGCUUAGUUCCAAUGCUUUAGCAAGUCAGCUUUAUCGAAGCGGCAGUUUCAACAGCUCUGGUAGAGGUUCCAACUGUGAUCCCGCGGACGAUAUGUACAGCGAUGUCUCCCUCGAGGAUGAUGUCAUCAUCGGUCUAAAUCACAAAGUGCAGAUGAUACAAGAACAGAUGGAUGCUUUGGUAGACACUCAAUCGGUCGGAGAAGAGCGUUACGCCAGAGCGAAACAGGAAAAUGCUAUGCUUCAAGCAAGGAUAUUAAUGUUGGAGGAAGCUGCCAAAGACGCCGAGACCAGAGCCGAGGAAAGGCUACAGGCGGAACAACGGAGAUACAGAGACUGGGCAAGUCGUUUGGAACGCGAACGACAGUUGCAAUUAGAAAACUAUGCGAUCAAAUUGCAAGCGAUAGAGUCGGAGGGUACUAAUUUAAGAGAAGAAAUAGGAAGGUUACGCGAACAACUCGAAAAAGUUAAAGCGGAGAAAAGUCGACUGGAAACGGAUCUGGAAGAGGCUAGAAGGGAAUCUGACAGCGCGCGAGAGAGCGAACGUCAGGCCAUAAGCCGUGCGAACGAAGCUCAGUAUCAGGUAGAAGCUGCCAGGCAGGAACUCUCCGUCAGAAUCGGGGAUCAUCAGAGGAUGGAGGAGGAGCUGAUGCAACAGGUGGAAGAACUAAAGACACGCAAUAAAAGUCUGGAGGAAUCGCGAGAUGAAUUGCAAGCUGCGGCGGCUCUGCAGGCAGGCCGUGAACUCUUGCUGCUGAAUCCCUGUAACAACAAUACCGCCGAGAAAGGGCCAAGUCUCGCUGUAGAAUUGCUAGCUGGCAUGAAUCAAGAAGAUCAUCAUCAAAUGGGGGGACAAUUUCUCGGAGAACACGGUGAACCACCCUGUAGUACGUCAGUAUCCGAAAUGAGACAAGCGUUAAAGGAACAACAAGAGGUGAACGCGCAGCUAAGAACGUACAUAGAUGGAAUCUUGUUGAACAUAGUCGAAAACUAUCCUCAAUUGUUAGAAGUGAAACAAACUCAUUGAACUGGAAUUCAGCACUGCACGGUGUCGCGUGCUAGACCGGAGACGGUCCUUUACCGAAUUUAACGUCGAUCGUGUUCCGAGGCAGUUCGAGUACGUAAUACAGACACCACGCGGCUAGAUCAUUGGGAUCUUGGUUCAUUCAUAGAUUUAUACGCGCGGGCGCGCGAAAUUUCGUGAUACGGAUUUCGUAUAUACGGAGAAGCGAUCCAUCCGUCCAAGUAAAGUUAACACGGGUCUCAGAGUGGGUUCGCGCGAUAAUGGUUGCUGUGGUCACUGCCAUUGUUGCUACUCGUUAAUACAAUCUUUUUCGCCACGAUGCUAAAGGCAGUGGACAGACGUUCAAUAUCGCGUAAAAUAGUAAAAUAGUGAAAUAGGUAAACGCGGCGGCGGUGAAUCAAAAUAUCGUAAACUCGGUGUAGCGCUCUGCGAGUAUUUUGAGCUUUACGCGAGAGAACGUCGCCUUUCGUCGCCUUUCGUUGAAAAGUCGCGAACGUUGCACAGUGCCCAUAACAUGCAAUUUAUCGCGUCGUCACGUAAAGUUCUCUUUUUGCGACAGGAGAAACUAUACACCGUAUACACACAGGAAAGACCAGCAGACCAGAUGGGGCAAAAAUAUUUACAAGUUUUUAGCGGGAUUUAGAUGUACGCGAGUACAAAUACAUUUUCACUAUCGAUCACGAUCAGGAAUGUUCGUGAUUGUAUAAACAAAAGUACCUACGCAAAAUUUAAUAUUCAAAAUAUUUUAAUUCGUAGUCUUUACCAGAUACACUUUGAAAAUUUAUACGAA